GUGAUACGUCAUCAAGCAAACGUCAUCGUGAUAAAAAUUGAUAAGCGGGGGAAUACUUGUUGAUCUAAAUAAAAUCAUUAAUUACAUCAGUUAGCCACGCGAAUCGUCGAUCAAUAACCAAUUCGCAAGCUUUUUUUCACUUGAAGAAUGAAAAGCUCAAGCGUUUUUGUACAAAUAAUUAAAUUGCUUGUCGUGUCGUGGUCCUCUAUAGAAUACACUUGUGCGCGUAGAGUACAGUAUCCAGAAGAUGGUUAUUACGGAAACAACUUUUUUGACGCACAGUCAUUGGAUUCUAAAGUAAAUGCAGCAUUACAGAGGCUUGAACACACGCCAAAAUGGGUAAAAGACUGGCCGGAUCCAUCAGUCCAAAUGGGUCAGGUGUCUGGGCUGGCUCUAGACACGGAUGGACACCUGCUGGUGUUCCAUCGAGACAACAAUGUUUGGGACGAACGGACAUUUACACCUCGAAAUGUUUAUCAGGGUAUAGGCGAGCCUCCUAUUUCAAGACCUACAAUUCUAAAGUUCAAUGACACUGGAGAGUUGAUUGACUCAUGGGGAGAGAACCUGUUUUACAUACCUCAUGGUAUAACUGUGGACAGAGAAGGCAAUGUGUGGCUGACGGAUGUGGCUAUGCACCAAGUGUUCAAAUUCACACCUGAUCAGAGGCAGAAACCCGCACUUGUAUUGGGCGAGAAAUUCAUCCCUGGAAAUGACGACCAGCACUUCUGCAAGCCGACCUCGGUGGCUGUGAUGUCUAACGGUGACUUCUUCGUGGCUGAUGGCUACUGUAACCACAGGAUACUGAAGUACUCCCCUAAAGGGGAAAUCAUACUGCAGUGGGGGAAAGCUCACGGCAGAGACAACUUCGUGUUCAACGUGCCUCACGCGUUGACUCUGGCCGAAGACCGCGGGCUGCUGUGCGCCGCCGACCGCGAGCGCGGCCGCGUGGCCUGCUUCCGAAGCGACAACGGCACAUUUGCACACAACUUCGCUUCCUGGCUCAUCGGCUCGCGGCUCUUCAGCGUCGCCUACUCGCCGGCGCAGGGUGGCCGCCUCUACGUGGUGAACGGUCCGUACGGCACAUCCCCGGUGCCCGUCCGGGGCUACGUCAUCGACUUCACGUCCGGCGCACUGUCCGGCACCUUCGCGCCGGACGGCGGGCUCCACAACCCGCACGACGUGGUCGCCACGCCGGACGGCGGCGCGGUCUACGUCGCCGAAAUCAAUCCGUACAGGGUGCACAAGUUCGUCGAUGAUACCAUCCAGAAAGCGGCUGACGUCACUCACGCGAAGGUGGCGGUGAAACCGACGGCGACGGUCGAGGUGAGCAGUCGCAGCGCGUUGUCGGCGGCGGAGGCGGACGCGUGGGCGUGGCGCUGGGGCGCGGGCGGCGCGGCGGCCGCGGCGGCGGCGGCGCUGCUGGCGCUGGCGGCGCUGGCGCUGCUGCGGGCGCGCAACCGCGUAAGAAUAAGCGCGGCGGCGGCGCUGCUAGCACUGGCCGCGCUGGCGCUGCUGCGGGCGCGCAACCGCGCAAUUUAUAUUUCACCAAGUUCAUCAUCCACAAGUCCUUCUUCGGCCCUUAUCGCUAUUAUAAGCGCGUGGGCGCGGGCGGCGGCGGCGCUGCUGGCGCUGGCGGCGCUGGCGCUGCUGCGGGCGCGCAACCGCGUAAGAAUAAGCGCGUGGGCGUGGCGCUGGGGCGCGGGCGGCGCGGCGGCCGCGGCGGCGGCGGCGCUGCUGGCGCUGGCGGCGCUGGCGCUGCUACGAGCGCGCAACCGCGGUAAGGGACCGCGCAGCGACAAGCAGGCGCUGCUCGAAUCAUACAUCAAUGUCCAUGUUUUAUUAAAUCGGGACCACCGUGCGGCGCUGCUGGCGCUGGCGGCGCUGGCGCUGCUGCGAGCGCGUAACCGCGUAAGAAUAAGCGCGUGGGCGUGGCGCUGGGGCGCGGGCGGCGCGGCGGCCGCGGCGGCGGCGGCGCUGCUGGCGCUGGCGGCGCUGGCGCUGCUGCGGGCGCGCAACCGCGGUAAGGGACCGCGCCGCGACAAGCAGGCGCUGCUAGAAUCUUAG